CUUCUUUGGCAAUAGUUUGGUUCGCAAAAGUGAUGUGCGAACUCGAAUAUGUCGAACCAGAGUUUCGUCAAAAGGUGGCCAAAGAAGAGGGAAUUUCUAGUCUGAUUAUUAUAGCCAUUAAGCAUUAUGCCAGUCAAUUACCUAUCAAAGAGGUCAAGAACAAUAAUGCUUGGGCCAAACCUUUAUUUUCAGACGGGAAUACGACCUACGAUGGGGCAGCUUUACCAGGAGCUGUACCCACUCCUACCUCCUCCUUCGGAUUGGAAUUCGAAGGCAAUAACCCUGGACAAAC